AUCCGGUGUGAAAGGCAAUAGUGUACCCCCAGCGUGCCACUUGCCAAUGAAAUUCCGCCAAUCCCCGCCUGUUACCUCCACUCCCCCCCACCCUGAGUCAAAGGGUUCACCGUCACCGGGUGUCAUCCUGAAUCCUUCACGAUAUCUCUCGCUCGUAUCGUUCAUCCCAAGACAUCCAACUCAACAUGGUGUACAACCUCUUGCUCGGAGGCUACGGCAAUCACAUCACUUACGCCUCGUUCGACCCUAGUACUGCCAAAAUCAAGGUUCAUUCCAACUCCAAAGUGCCAGAAGCACCUUCAUGGAUUGAUCCUGGCGUAUCUUCCCCCAAGCUCAAAACGCCUUCUGGUCAGGCAUUCUACACCAUUGCGGAGAUCGAAAAGGGGCAAGCUGUCUCCCUUGAUCUUGUAGAGGAGGAACUAAAAGUCACUGGAACGUAUGACUUGCAAGGAUCUCCAGCUUACGUCCACACAUUGAAAGAUGGAUCAGGAAUUGUCGUAGGCAACUACAUGGGAGGCAACGCACACCUCAUCCCUACCACCUCGACCUACGCUCUCGACACCUCCUCGACCCUUAAACCACUCCACUUCCCGUACAUGUACAAAGAUAUCGAAGCUCCCAAUCCCGAUCGUCAGGAUUCUUCUCACCCCCAUCAAGUCAUUGAAGGACCCAAUGAUCAAUUGUUCGCGCCUGAUCUAGGAAGUGACAGAGUAUGGAUCGUCAAAAGGGACAACUCUACAGAAUCUGGACUCAAAAUCGUCGGUCAUUUCCAGUGUCCCAAAGGUUCUGGACCGCGUCACGGAGUCGUCUCGGUCGAUGAGAAACACCUCUAUGUGCUCGGAGAGCUUGAUCAGACCAUCUUCAGCUUUAAGAUCGCUGAUCCCUCUUCCUUGCCCAUCUUCCACGACAACAUUGCCCCUCCGACCGUUGCCCCAAAGUACCGAAAAUUCCUCGGUGCUGCCGAGCUAUUGAAUCAUCCAAAGUACCCUGGAACAUUAUACGCAAGCAACAGACUCGAGAAACACAUCAAGGAGAGCGACUCGUCAUACGACGGCGAGGAAGUCAAAGGAGACGCCAUCGCCAUCGUUCUACUUGACGAAUCUGGGACGAAGGUCGGUCACACUUCUUGGGUCCGUACAGAGUGCGAUCACAUUCGAGGUAUGAUGAUCUCUCCCGAUGGCAAGUUCAUGGCUUUGGCCGGAAAAGAUGCCGGAGGGGUGGAGAUCUGGCAAGUAGGGGGCGAAAAGGGACAGGAGUGGAAGAUGGCAGCCAAGGAUGAGUCCCUGAAGCAGGUCACGACGUUUGUUUGGCUCUAGAACGAUGCUCAA